AUGAAAAUCCUACAAGCAAACCUUCACAGAAGCCGUAUAGCAGAUGACCUGCUGUCCCAAAUAGUACUGGAACAUUGCGUGGAUUUGGUUAUAAUCUGCGAACAAUACAGAGUGAAACAACCCGGUAUCUGGCUGGAAAAUGAAGAUAAGACUGCAGCUAUAUGGAUCCCAGCUACGGGUGACAUACGAUGUCUCGGCGAUGGCAGAGGUAGCUGCUACGUAUAUGUACAACUUAAGGAAUUCACCAUAUUCAGUUGUUAUCUAACCCCGAACGAUACAAUAGAAGCUUUCCAACAUAAAAUCGAUGACAUUGAAGACAUAGCUCGGCAAAUGCAUGGAAGCCUUAUAGUAGCUGGUGACUUCAACUCUAGAGCAGAAGAAUGGGGCAUGCCUACAACCAACAGCAGAGGCCGAAAAAUUCUUAAUAUGUCAGCAAGAGUUGGACUGGUAGUCGCUAACGUGGGCAGAGCUCCGACGUUUCAGCGAAUGGGCCAAACAGGCACAAUACCGGAUAUAACGCUAGUGUCAGAGAACUCUGCGCACAGAAUAUUAGACUGGAAAGUCUUAGACAUCUACAAUGGAAGCGACCACGAGUACAUAUCUUUCAGUACUGAAGGAAGUUCGGCUCAUCAUGUAGGAAAUCAAAUAAGAACUAGUCACCGAUGGAAUGUUAACCGACUAAACCAGAACCGCUUAAUAGGAGAAAUUGACAGGAGUCAAAUCGAUAGCAAUGAGAGAACUAGCGUGGAGAGCGUUGUUAGCAGCACUAUGUAUACCAUAAAAAGAGCUUGUGAUGCUUCUAUGCCAAAGUCUGGCAAUCCCCACAGGAGAGGAGCAGAGGUAUACUGGUGGACAGACGAGAUAAGUGCUUUAAGGGAGACUAGCCUCCGCUAUAGGCGUCAUCUCACACGAGCUAGGAGAAGCGGAAACUUCGCUACACAGGAGGAGGAGUACAAGAAGGCGAAAAAGCUUCUUAAUAUUGCCAUUCGCAUAAGUAGACGAAAUAAAUGGAAAUCCCUCUGUAAUGACGUUAACAAGGACCCAUGGGGUCUGGGACCCAUUGUGCUUUUGGCGACACUAGACGUCAAAAAUGCGUUUAAUAGUGUCAGGUGGUCGGACAUGAUCGAUUCGCUAAACAGACGUUUCCACAUCCCAGAAUACCUGAUGCGGCUAAUAGACAGCUAUCUACAGAAUCGAAAACUGAUUUAUCUGACAAGAGGAGGCGAAAAACGGAUGGACAUCACCUCGGGUGCAGCUCAAGGAUCCAUACUAGGACCGGAACUGUGGAAUAUCAGUUAUGACGAUAUCCUCAGCACAGAAAUGCCUGAUAUGCGGAUGACAUAG